AUGGAGAACCGGCCACCUCUCACAUCACCGGAUGGAUCCAGUAAUGGGAACCCACCGGAGAGAUGUCCCCGUCCUCAGGAUUCCCGGGAUUAUACAGAGGAAGAUCUCACCCUCUCUUACCAUGAUCAGGCAGAAGAUGUCAUUUCUUUUAAAGUUGAGGUCAAGGAAGAAGAAGAGGAAGAGGAAGAGAUGUACUUAAUGUACGAUGAACCAUGUAAGGAGGAGGAAACAUUUGUAGAGAUCAGUACAGAUGAAUACAACGUUGUGAAAACCUAUUCAGACGAUGAGCUGGAAGGUGACGAUAUAACAGAAGAAGAAGAAAGCCCCAUUACCCCAAACAUUCCCCCAGGACCAGUUGAUACUUCUGAUUGUGAGGAGCCAUCUCACAGAGGAGAAAUAUUUCCUGGCUCAGAGAUUAAGGGUUCUCUUCCUGAAAACGUCAACAAUAUGUUGAGGAAUGUCACGGGCUCAAAGCCCCUCUCAUGUUCGGAGUGCGGGAAAUGUUUUGCCUAUAACUCGGGUCUCAUCAUACACCAGAGGACUCAUUCAGGGGAAAAGCCGUUUUUGUGCCCCGAGUGCGGGAAGUGUUUUGCUCAGCGUUCCAAUCUGGUAAAGCAUGCAAAGUUUCACCGGCAGGAAAGGCCAUUUUCUUGUUCAGAGUGUGGGAAAUCGUUCACUUUAAGGUCAUCUCUGGUUGAGCACCUACGGAUACACACCGGCGAGCGUCCGUACUCCUGCUCCGAAUGCGGCAAAUGCUUUACACUCAAAUCCAUCCUGGCGGAACACCAAAGAUCUCAUACGGGGGAGAAGCCAUUUUCCUGCCCCGACUGUGGCAAGCGAUUCACUCGCCGGUCCAGUCUUGUUGACCAUCAGGUGGUGCAUGGGGCCGAAAAGCCAUUCUUGUGCCACGAGUGUGGGAAACCGUUCGCCCGCCGCUCCUACCUUGCAGAUCACCAAAGAAUGCACGCCAGCCAGAGCCCCUUCGCCUGCCCAGAGUGCGGGAAGAGCUUCACACGGAUGUCAUUUCUCAUCAAACACCGAAAGGGUCAUACUGGUGAGCGGCCCUUCCCGUGUACCGAGUGUGGCAAAAGCUUCAAGGACAAAAUGACUCUAGUGAAGCACAUCCGGACGCACACCGGGGAGAAGCCCUUUCCAUGCUCGCACUGCGGGAAACGUUUCACCCAGAAGGCCAAUCUGAUGAAGCACGAACGUGUUCACACUGGGGAGAAGCCAUACUGCUGCUCGGACUGUGGGAAAAGCUUCUCGCACAAAUCCAACCUGGACAAACAUCGCCGGAUCCACACCGGAGAGAAACCGUUUCAGUGCACAGAUUGUGGGCGGAGCUUCACACUGAAAUGGACGCUUAUGAAGCAUCAGAAGACUCAUACUAAUCCGCAGGAAUGAAUUCUGAUUCGGGGGGGUCCAAAGGUUCAAUAAACAUUUUUUUAUAUCUGG